AUAGCCGGUUCCAGUCAAUUGCUGUUAUGAUUUUUAACAGCUACUUUUACUCAAUCACACACAUGAUUAAUCCAGUAAUCUACUUUUCUUUGAACAAAGAAAUGAGGGCUCAGUUGUGGGAAGCAUUCGUUGACUUCAGGAAGUUGUUUAACUGCAAAAAGAAAGAUCCAUAUGGCUUUGCAAACAGCUCCACAAAAAUAAACCAUAGUACCAAGAUGACAAUGGUAAGAGCACAAAGUACAUCAUGCAGCGAAACAUCGCCUUUGUUCUCCUCCAACAAUCAUUACAAAUCCACCGGCACCACCCAGAAGAAUGAGGAGAGAUUGCUGGAUUAUGUAGAGGGAAGUAGUACCGGUAAUGAAUCGGCUGAAAUUCGUGCGAUAGUACAAAAUGAUGAUCCUUCUGACCAGUGUUCACUACCUAAAUCUGAUAUAUAUAUGACUCCCCCAGUUGAAAUGCCACCAAACAAAAUGGGCGCCAAAGAAAGGUCCACGUUCAUCAAUCAACUUGUUUCGGCUUUGCAAUAUGCAAGUAACAAAUCACUAGCAUCAGCUAAAGGACAAAACAAUGUGGAUGCGCAGGAGGGUGCCGUGGAAAACGACGAAGAGCAAUUUCGUCACCAACCCGUAUUAAGAAAAUUGGAUAAAUCGGCAACUACGAAUGACAUCAGUAGCAUAAUCAAACAACGGUAUAUUCGAUUUUCCAACACUUUGCAAGUAAUUUCAAGAGACACUAAUUUCAUCGGAGAAAAUCACAAAUAUGUAUCAAUGGGCAGUUUGGAGCGAAGUUGCUUACUGAACGACAUGUCCGGCAACAGUGAUUCUACAAGUACAGCAGUUCAAAAGUCAAUUACUAGAUCUUAUUCAUCCAACUCAAAUGUUUUUCGCAGCAGUGCAACAAACUACAAUUGCGACACGGGGCUUCUUUUGGAUAACGAAAUUGACACAGAUGCUGAAGAAGAAGAAAUUGCCUAUCUCUGAUCCUUGAUCUUAAUUCAUUUCUCACUUCUUCCGAAUUCAUGCUGCCUUAACUUUUUUAACAACUGACUGAUCACGUCAGUUGUUGUUUGUCAUGUUCAAUUCUCCUAAUUGUGCACGCUGUCUGCCAUUGAAUUGUAAUUGGUGAGAGGCAGAUGGGAACUUAUAACGAGUGAAAUAGUAUCUCAAAAUUAUGGUAAAACGAUAAACAUAGACAAUGUACAAUUUCAGUUUGGGUAUUAACAAAAUUGAAUCUCUAUUUUUUUUUUAAAUUUGAUAUCAAUAUUAAUUUACAUCAAAUCUCAUAUCUCAUGCUUACAUUGUUAACCUUUUGCUAUCCAUUUUUCACAAUAACAUUUUCAUCUGGUUUUAAAGAUUU